GACGCUUCCACCACAAUCCAACAAAGGUCCGAGGGAGAGGGAGAGAGUGAGGUGCAACAGUGAUUGGUCUCCACUAUCCACGAUCCAACUCUUCUCUCUCUCCGUCAUCGGAGAUGGAUACGUGCUGGGUACCAAAGAAGAGAGAGGAAGGGCAUCGAGAGGCGCGCGCGUCGAUGAUUAAGUGGUGGGAGCGCUUGGUGGUGUUCCCAGUGCGGCGAGUUUGGAUCGGCGUUGCCACCCGUCUCGGCAUCCGAAGGACCGGGCUGAGGAAGCUGAGGAAGGAGGUGAGGUCGUGCGACUACGAGGACGUGCACGUCAUGUGGGAGUUGCUGCGAAAGGCCGACCCCGAAAUCGGAGGGCGUCCGUUCGGUUGCAGGGCGAUCCAACGGGGGAGGCGGAGAUGGAGGCGAGGUGGUGGCGAGCUGUGGGCCUCCCUCUGCCACUGGGCUCCUUGGAACCUGUGUCGCAACUUGUGAUUCAUUCCCCGUGUUAUCUCUUCUCUUGCUUCCCAAGUAUAUACUCUCCUCUCAGGGCAAAAGUUGUAGGUCUCCGUUUCUUGUACAUAUAUAGUAACAAUCCAUCAUC